AUGUCAACGUUACACUUGGAUUCACCACGCUCGCGUGGCCUUGCAGGUCUCCGAGCCUCCGACAACUUUGCGGAGUUCCAAGAUUACUGGUCAGAGUGCUCCUCUGAUGCAGGGGUUUCUGAGGGCAUGAAAGGUUCGCUAAAGUGCUCUCCUUGCUGCCAGACCCGGCCCAAGACGGUUUUGUAUAUCGCGUCAGCCGGUCCUGCGGUUGACCUCAGUGGCGCUGAAGCGCAGCAGCUUCAGGAGGCGCCUGAGCAGAAAUCCGUGACUAACGUCGCCGCAGAUCCCCAGUUGCUGGCGUGUACCUCUUUUGGUGGCGGCACGCCGCCCACACUUUCUACUCGUGAGGUGCUCGAAGAGUCCAACACGGAGACGUCCUCCAAACCCCGCCGUGCGUCUACCUCCGCAAAAGCUAAGAAAGCCGGAGCGCAUGUUAAAUCAGGAUCUGCAAAAUCCAAGGACAGUGCAAAAGCACUACGUGGCGGACCCGCAACUCCGAAGAAUGCCAAAGCGUCCCACGGUGCCCAGCAAGGCUCUAGUCGCCAGGGAAAGGCGCCGGGCUCCGGGGUAAGGGCGAGCAGUAGCGGGACCCGGGGAAAGAAGCAGGCCGCACGUGAUACUCGCGGGAAAGCUAACUCCGCAAACACCCCUGCACCUACCGCAGGCGAUGAACAUCAACUCUCCGAAGGUUUCCAGGCAUCCGGAAAGCAAGGGGCAUCUGUCAAGCACGCUCCUGGGGAAGUUUCAGUCGCUCUUCCAGAGGUUGGCGCGCAGGCGGUCCCUGCUGUCGCGGAUACGUCUGCCGCCUGCAGCGGCGUAUCUCUCUCGCGUACAGAGCUUGCCGAUGUACGUGCGGACAGCGGAUUGCAAAUCGAUUCAUGGGAUUCAGUAUCCCAGCGCGAGUUCCAUGCUGCGGAGCAACGGUCAGCACUCCUCCGUGGUGCCUCACUGGCCUUGCAGAGCCGACCCAUUUCGCAGCUCUCGUCCAGCGCAAGCGCCACGGCUGCAGCUCGGUCGCCUGUUAACGCUACACGACUGGUGGGUCCCUCAGUGGACGGAGGCUUCGUGAGUGAUUCCGUACCACGCGCGUGGAUUGAUGUGAAGGGACAGGUUCGCGCGAAUCAUGAGAUUCUGGAGCUCGAAAAGCGCGAGGACGAUGACAUGGUCUUUAACAAGCUGCCACAGCAAAUCCUUCCCUCUCCGCCCAAUCCAGCCUUCUGUCUGAACACAGAGCGGCCGCCACAGAAACCCGCUAUCGAUAUCAAGUUCCGGCUCCUCUCUCGCGGUGAAAAGCGCCCCAGCCGUAUCGCAAAGCUUCCGGGCGGUGUGCCUGUCGAGUACGAAGCUCGUCCAGUCUCAAAGACCGAAGGGGAAAUACCGGGAGUGCAGGUCGUUCCUCCGCGCACAGGAAGUGUUCGGUUCGCCGUGUUCCAGGUGAAGCGCCGGGGAGAAACCGCACCCGCUGUUGUGGCAUACAGUUGGCGCAACAAGAAGGCGGUGCAGCCUCCCGCGCAAGAGGGAACUAAUGUCGCCUGCGACCUCCCAUCUUGUCCCGAGGGCAGCGACCAGAGCCCCGAGGGCACCGGCAGCAGCCCAAAAGUAGGCCAGGAACAGUCCUCUGUCUGUGGAGCGGCUGCUUCAGCGCUCGAAACUGUCUGCGCCAGUGCCGAUUCGGCGCAGCAAGAAGCUGCGGCUGAUCAGCUUCAAGCUCUCCCGUCCGUAGCCGCCGCUGAGACUCAAGUACCUGCAGGAUACGCGCUGCUGCAAGGAGUAUGGUGCUGCACAGGGGCCGCGCAGAUGCCUGAAGGCGACGCCGGUCAGGGCGAAACGCAGCCUGAGGCGGCCCCUGGGACCCUGGGAUACGUGUACCCCCAGUGCACCGCGGACGGUUACGCGGCUCAGAACGAAGCGGCAUGGAACAUGCCAGCACAACAGUGGGACCCCACUUAUGCCUCCGCGUAUGGCUGGUACCAAGGAUCGAACGACCAAUGGGGUGCGUAUCAAAAUGAGGCAGGGCCUGUGACUGAACAGCCACAGACAGCGCCCCAGAAAGGAGGUUCUCCAGCUGCAUCAUCUGUCAAAGGCACGUCGAUGUCUGCGGUCAAAUCGGAUCCGGCUGACACUCCGGCGAAGAGAAAGGCUGUCACACCUUCAUGGCGGACCACGCCAAAGGCGCUUUCAGGACGAAAGGGCUCUACGGUGGGAAGGCUGGCGUCAGGAGGUAAGCAGCAGGCAAAGAUCAGUGGUCGGCAAUCUGCCGCCGCAGGCAAACGUGGAUCCCGGUCAAGAGUGUCUUCGACUUCAACUGGGAAUGGGAAGGCCGCGGCCGCAGCCAAAGCGAGUGACAACGCAAGUUCUACGCCUGUGAAUGUACAGCCCUACCCAGCGGAGCCUGAUGCCGCUUCUCUCCACCCACCACUUCAGACCGGCUAUUCGGCUGUCUAUAUGGUGCCGACGUCUGAGAAUCCGGCGGCCCCCGAGGCCCAGGUUUUGGUGGCCGUUCCUGCUGCACCGGACGCCGGUGCACCAGGCGACAUGCCAUCGUUUGCUGCGCCGGUUCUUGCCGACGACCAGCCAUCUGUAGCGUCGCAGCUGUGUGCAUGCAGUCCCUUGAGCUGUAAAAAGCCCGGGGACUUUUCCUGCUCCCUAAGCACGGUGGCAACGUCGGAUGGAUUCACCUCAGAGUCGAAAUGGUUUUUCCGUCCUAGCUGGAAGGUGCCGUUUUCCUGCGUCGAUCAGCGAGAAACGCCCAAAUCGGUGGACGAGCAGGCUUUUCUGGCGGACUUGCCGACUCACUCCGAUGUAGAGCAAGUGUCAGAGCCAGCCUUGGCAGACGCGUCGCUCGAUGCAUCCCUCACAGAUGGAGCCGCAUCGCCGGAGAUGGCUGAGGCCUCGGACAAGGAGGAGUUUUCGCUGAAGACAUGGCUGGCGAAUAAGUUGUCGUGGACGACGCCCUCCGGCUCCAGCGAAGCGUGUCGUGAGUGUUGCGCUCCUGACUCGGAAGCCGUGAAUGAGCUGCCGAAGGAUGUACAGCCGUUUGACGCACGUGAAGACGGCGCCUCUCCGCCGCAGAUGCAAGAGGAGCUUACGGAAGUCUUCCCUCCGCACUACGUCUCCAAAAGCGAGCAGACGAAAGACGGCGUUGUUCCAGUGCUAUUUCGUGUGCUCAAACGGCGCGAUAGGCGCGGCUCCGCAAAGCGCGGCCACAUACUACUGCCUGGUGGCUACCUGCGCGACAAGGUCUUAGGUCUAGACGAAGGACGCGAAAUGGUUUUGCGAGAUGCUGCUGGACGCUGCGUCGUCGUCGCUGAGGGAGCAAGAGGCGAAAUCAUCUUACGAGGAGAGGACGGACGGGACAUCGUCGUCAGUGGGACGUACCUGCGAGAAAUGAUCCUCCGCGGUAAAGGAUCGAGCGAGGUUUCCUUGAGGGAGAUGGUCCAAAGCGAAGAUGCGGUAGAGUCAGCUGCAAAGCUCCUGUCAGCCGCUACCUUCUACGAAGGGAAAGAAGAACCUGUAUUCCGCUUCCGCGUGAUUCAGUCCCAGAGGCCGAAAGACAAGGAGAAGAGACGUCUUUUGGCAUUCCGACCCCCUGUUCACGUGCGGAACCUGCCACCGUCAGUGCCUGAGUCCGCUUCUCUCGGUCUGGUAGACGGUGACGCACGCGUAAGCGGUCCCAGUCCUCCGUUGAGCUGUGCGUGCCCUCCGACGCUCUGCCGCAGCGUCUCCGCCGGGACCGAAGACUCGGUCGUGACGAUGAAGUAUGAGCAGCGAAGCACGUACGUGCCUUUGCCCACGCGAGGCAAGACUGUCCACUUCGUGACCCACUACGGGCUUGAGAGCUUAUCUGCCAGGGACGGAAGCAAGAUUGUUGCCGCUCCGCUUCCGGGUGUGUCCUCGUUCGCCGCCCAAGUAGCGAGAGAUGCUGCGGCACGAGUUGCACAGCGUCAGGCAACGAAAAAGGAGGAGGUUGAGGACUUGGGGAGCGAGUCAUCAGAGGACGAUGCGGAGCCCACUGAGGAAGGGGGAUCCGAGACAAGCGAGGAAGGAGUUGACGAGGAGUAUUAUGAAGGCGGUAGCGAUGAGCAGGAGGAAACGUUGUUUGAUUUCAGAAAAGCAACUGCAUGGUGCAGGAGCAUCUGUGGAGAGGCAGAGCUCUUCAGCGGCCCGAAUUCAUACCGAAGUGACGGACGCGUGUUACCGUCAUGCGAGCGCGAACCAUGUACUGAGGAGGUGGGAGAGACCCAACCGUCCGACUUCGCUUAUGAACACACAAUGGAGCGUACCGGCGAAUCCGAGGUCUUUGCGAGAGCUGAGGGCUCUGGAAUAUUGUCGGACCGCGCCUCGCACACUUCUUGCGUGUGUAGUCGUUGGCCAUGCAGCUGCUUGCGGGUCUCGUCCAACAGGGAGUCCUCUUCCAAUAUGAGUGACGCUAUCGCGAGUCAAUCGUCCCGCCCUGGAGGUGAAGCUGGGACGCCUGUCUCUGCUGCCGCAGGCACGCCCAUGUCAGCAAUAGCUUCCGAGCGUACUUCGCAGUCCUUCUGCGCCUGCGGGCGUUGGCCCUGCGGGUGCUCGCCGGUCGCAUCGAAGGCAGCAGUCUCCUCGCGUGAGAGUGGAGUGGCUUCCGGGCGGUCCUCGCAUUCAGGUCGUUUGUCCGGGCCUGUGACGCCUCUGGCGGCAGAAGCAGGCACACUCAACUCUGGGCAAGCUUCAGGAAGCACGCAGCACGCUUUCUAUGAGUGUGGAUGUUGGCCCUGCGGGUGCUCGCCGGUCGCAUCGAAGGCAGCAGUCUCCUCGCGUGAGAGUGGAGUGGCUUCCGGGCGGUCCUCGCCUUCAGGUCGUUUGUCCGAGGCUGGGACGCCUCUGGCGGCAGACGCAGGCACACUCAACUCUGGACAAGCUUCAGGAAGCACGCAGCCCGCGUUUUGUGCUUGUGGAUGUUGGCCCUGCGGGUGCUCGCCGGUCGCAUCGAAGGCAGCAGUCUCCUCGCGUGAGAGUGGAGUGGCUUCCGGGCGGUCCUCGCCUUCAGGUCGUUUGUCCGAGGCUGGGACGCCUCUGGCGGCAGACGCAGGCACACUCAACUCUGGGCAAGCUUCAGGAAGCACGCAGCACGCGUUUUGUGCUUGUGGAUGUUGGCCCUGCGGGUGCUCGCCGGUCGCAUCGAAGGCAGCAGUCUCCUCGCGUGAGAGUGGAGUGGCUUCCGGGCGGUCCUCGCAUUCAGGUCGUUUGUCCGAGGCUGGGACGCCUCUGGCGGCAGACGCAGGCACACUCAACUCUGGGCAAGCUUCAGGAAGCACGCAGCACGCGUUUUGUGCUUGUGGAUGUUGGCCCUGCGGGUGCUCGCCGGUCGCAUCGAAGGCAGCAGUCUCCUCGCGUGAGAGUGGAGUGGCUUCCGGGCGGUCCUCGCCUUCAGGUCGUUUGUCCGAGGCUGGGACGCCUCUGGCGGCAGACGCAGGCACACUCAACUCUGGGCAAGCUUCAGGAAGCACGCAGCACGCGUUUUGUGCUUGUGGAUGUUGGCCCUGCGGGUGCUCGCCGGUCGCAUCGAAGGCAGCAGUCUCCUCGCGUGAGAGUGAAGUGGCUUCCGGGCGGUCCUCGCCUUCAGGUCGUUUGUCCGGGCCUGGGACGCCUCUGGCGGCAGACGCAGGCACACUCAACUCUGGGCAAGCUUCAGGAAGCACGCAGCACGCUUUCUAUGAGUGUGGAUGUUGGCCCCGCGGGUCUGGGCGGCCAUCUUCCGAGGGGCACAUGUCCUUUAGAGGCAGUGAUGUGGCCAUGAAUGUGUCGGCGCUGUCCGGGGAUCAACUCGGGACACCUACGGCUGCAGAUGCAGGCACGCCCGGUUCAGGAAGAGUUUCAGAAAGUGCUUCGCAUGCUUUCUGCGCAUGUGGUCGGCGGCCCUGCCCAUGUGCGUCGGCUUCGCCCCACGAAGAUGUGUCCUCUGGGGCCACUAGGGUCACGUCUGGUCAGCGUAUUCUCUACGUGCAUCCGUCUGGAGCCUGCCGGUCGUUUGUCAGCGGAGGCAGCGUGGGGGGGGUUGCCAUCGAAGGCGCGUCGGAGUCCGCAUACAGAGGCGUUUAUGUGCCCUAUGUGUGUGCCCCUAAGCCGUUCAGUGAUAGCCUCACUGCGCAGGGUAGGACUCUGGUUUUGCUUCAACCAUAUCCGCAGCCGCCUCCGGCCCACGUCGUGAUGCAUGUUGCGGAUGAAGGCAACCUGCCGCGUACUCAGAUGUCUUCUAAACACAUCUCGACGUCAUGCUGCACGUGUCUUUGUUGGCCCUGCACUUGCUCGCCGGCAUCCUCGAAAAAGAGCGCACUUACGCAGACCGGCAAGACGACCUCUAGCCACGCAUUCUUGUCCCGAAACGCGGUGGCAACCAGGGCCGUGGUCGUCGACGAGGGGGUGCCAUCUGAUAUCGUUCGUGAACGUUCGUCGCGAUCCCUUUGUGUAUGUGGCUGCUGGCCUUGCACUUGCUCUCCUUCAUCUAGAAAGCACCUCUCCUCGAGAUCUAGCACGCCUGUGUCACGCGAAACAUCGCUGCAGCAUGUUCCUUUUGUGAGCAAUACGGUCGUGGUUGACGGAAAAGGCACCCCAGUUGCUACGAUCGCUGAAGAUGAGAAAGGCACUCCAGAAUUCCCGGGCUCUCCCGCCGCGGGCGACAACGAUUCGAGAGAUGGCGACAGGUCUGCCUGCACAGCUCUGUGGAGCUGCGUCCCUCAUCCGCCUCCGGUUUUCGCCGGUAACGUCAACGAAUCUCCGUCACCCGCGCCUGCUCCUGGUCAAUUUGUCGGCGUACCCGUUGGUGGAAUGGAUCAAACGUCAUAUGUGGCAACAGGAUCCGAGGCGUGCUACUCCUCAGCAUCACACCUUGUCACGUACCAACUUCCUGAAGCGCUGCCAGAGCCUCCUCCCCUACGGACUAUGAAGAUUCGCCUGCCUGUCCCACCUUCUCCAGAAUUGACCGCUGGUGUGGGAACUCAUUUGACGUUAGGCUCCGCAGAAGAGACGGCGAUUCUUCCACCACUCGUGGUGCCUGUUGCCGCACCGCUGAGCCGAGUGAAGAUCGCAGUGCUGCCGGCGCGGAACUCGGGCCCUGAUCAGGAGUGA